UGCGUUUCGGGAGGGGACAGCGUUAGGAGGGAGCAGCCCGACACAGCGAAGGCCAGGCCGAUCUGGAAGGCGGCGCCCUUUAAGGGCAAGGCCACGCCCCCGGGGCCUGGCCCUCCUACGUCCGCGACGCGAUGACGCACGGCUCCGGGGACGCGGCCCUCGUGCGGCGUCACGCAUCGCCCCGUCGCAAGAUGGCGGAGCUGGACCUGCUGGGCUCCAUCCUGAGUUCCAUGGAGCGGCCGCCCGCCGCAGCCGAUGGCGAGACGCGGCGACGGGCGCGUGAACAAGCUGCUCGCAUGAAGAAGCUGCAGGAGCAAGACAAGCGCCAGAAAGUCGAGUUCAGAAAAAGGAUGGAGCAAGAGGUAUCCCAGUUCAUCCAGGCCACCGGGGAGCCCCGGCGCCGGUUCCAGCCCAUGAACAAGAUCGAGAGGAGCAUCCUGCAUGAUGUGGCAGAAGUGGCCGGCCUGACAUCUUUCUCCUUUGGAGAUGAUGAGGACAGUCGCUAUGUCAUGGUGUUCAAAAAGGAGUUCGCGCCGUCGGACGAGGAGCUGGAGGCAUAUCGGCGUGGGGAGGAGUGGGACCCGGCCCGAGCUGAAGAGCGGCGUCGCCUCCGGGAGCUGGCUGCACAGCAGGAGGAGGCGGUACUUGAGAGUGGCCCUGCCCCCCCGGGCCCCCCAAACGACUACAAAGACAAAUAUCGGCACCUGAUUGGCUCCGACGCCGCCAAAGCUGCUGCCCGCACCAUGGAGGCCAACAAGGCAUAUGGCUGUGUGCCGGUGGCCAACAAGCGGGACACACGCUCCAUCGAAGAGGCCAUGAACGAGAUCCGGGCCAAGAAGCGGCUGCGGCAGGCAGAGGACGAGAGCGGGGCUGGGGGGGGCUCCGGGGGGCCCUGUGUGUGAUGGGAGGG